CGAAUUUCGGUCCGAACAACUUGGUCUUGAACUAUCACGAUGGCUUCUUUCCUUCGACAGACUUAUGGACAAAGGAUUCAGAAUCACACUAACCCUGCUGCAAAAUUACUUCUCGAAACCAUGGAGAGGAAAAAAUCAAAUUUGGCGGUCAGCGUAGAUGUAACCAAAUCGAAAGAUUUCUUAGCCAUUAUCGAUGCUGUCGGUCCUUUUGUCUGUCUUGUCAAGACCCACGUUGACAUAAUUGAAGACUUUGAUCAGUCGCUCGUCCAACAACUGCAAGAUUUGAGCAUCAAACAUGACUUUGUUAUCUUCGAAGAUCGCAAAUUUGCAGAUAUCGGAAAUACUGUGGCCCUACAAUACUCCAGUGGCGUACACAAAAUUGCAAACUGGUCGCACAUUACCAAUGCUCAUCCCGUUCCCGGUCCUUCCAUUAUUUCCGGUCUUUCAUCUGUAGGCCUCCCCCUUGGGCGUGGCCUCCUGCUACUCUCCGAAAUGAGUACAAAGGGUGCGCUUGCUGUCGGUUCUUAUACACAAGAGGCUGUUCGUAUGGCACGAGCUCACCGAGAUUUCGUGAUCGGAUUCAUUGCCCAAAGGACUAUGGAAGGAAUCGGCAUGCAGGAAAAUACCGUAGACAAGGACGACUUCCUCAUUCUCACUCCAGGGGUAGGCUUGGAUGCCAAAGGAGAUGCCAUGGGCCAACAAUAUCGUACUCCUCGCCAGGUGAUUCUGGAAUCAGGAUGCGACGUUAUCAUUGUCGGAAGGGGCAUAUAUGGCAAAGACCCAGGCUUGGUUGACGAGAUAAGGGCGCAAGCCAAAAGGUAUAUGGAAGCUGGAUGGGAAGCUUAUCAGGACCGGGUAUCAGCACAAGCUUGACUACAUACAUACAUUUGAAUUGACGUUUGCCCGAAAUGUAAUUUGAGCGCCAAAACCUCGUGUUUUAAAAGCCUGAAGUUUAUUGACACUUUCCUUUCCAACCUUCUUCUACAACCCUGGUGGUUUUUUUCCUUUUAUUUUUCGUACAUCUCUAUCUUUGUCUCUCUUUCUUUUAUAAACGAAAAAUGCCUUCGGCGAUCUCAGUGUUUCUUCUGGCUCCUUUGCUCGCCCAAUGUGCACCACUUCUCAAGCGAACUGGCCCCGUUCAAACUGUAGCUCUCUCGACCGAAAGCGAUAUCUCGUCGUCAUCCAUAGCUACUUCUUCUAGUUCGACGCUAGGAACUUCUCCUUCCUUUACGAUGUAUUCAUCCAGCUCGCUUUCGUCUUCAUCUUCAAUUCCUCAAGCAAGUUCC